GAGAACCCGCCGCCCGGCGCCGCCGCGUCCUGGCGGUUGCCUAGCAACGCAGGGGCGAGCAUGUCGGCGCGGCAUUCAAGCGGGCACCGGACCCACCCGGGCACCGUGAGCGCGGCGGUGCGCCAGCACCUGCGGAAGCUGUGUCUGCACGAGUUCCCGUGCGGCACCGGCAGCUGGAACAAGUCGCGCUUUCUCCCGCGAACUUGGCGAACAUGGAGGGAGCUGAUCCCCAGAGAGGAGGACACGGUGAGCCCCGGGGAGGAGACGGUGGAGGCCCUGCUGGGCCUGGUCCGCAGCCCCCACUCGCCCUGGGCGCUGCUGCAGGACUCGAGUGCGGAGGACCGUUUUCUGCGAGAACUGGCCAUCCGGAACCCACUGAUGCUCAAGGACUCCUUCUUCUACUCCUACUUCCGCUCCCUGCGGGUGGUGGACAAGGAAGUGAGCCAUGUGGACAAAGACCUCCUGAAGUUUCUAAAGCUGGAGGAGUUGGUUCUGAGCGCCAAUCGAAUCAAGGAGGUCAAUGCUGCCAACCUGCCCCCAACGCUCAAGGUGCUGGAGCUCUACGGCAACCUGAUCAGCAGCCUGGAGUGUCUGUGCGCUCACCCGCCCCCGAACCUGCAGCACUUGGGCUUGGGCCACAACAAACUCCGCGGCCCUUCGGAAAGUCAGCACCUCACCUCCAGUCACUGGCCCAAGCUCGUCUCUCUGGACCUGAGCUUCAACGAGCUGACAGACUUGCAGGUCAUGAUGGUCAACCUCAGGAGCCUCAGGCAGCUGCGGCUGCUGGUGCUGCAGGGGAACCCGCUGGCGCUGGUGCCCUACUACCGCGGCUUCACCAUCGACAGCCUGUUGCGGCUCUGCGUGCUAGACGACAUCACCGUGUCCCCCAACGAGAAGCAUCAGUUCCGGGGGCUCAGCCUCAGUGGCGAUUUCUUGGCACGUGAGGCGCAGCUUGUGGUGACCAUUGGGAAUGUCCGAGGGGUCGUGGACACCUCUGUCUUCCACUCAGAACCAAAGCCUGAAGGCCCUUACAUCAGCUACAACUAUUACGUGACCUACGAUUUCAUAGAAGAGGAGGAGGUCGUGGGGGACGAGUACAUGGGCGUGCUGGCCGAGAUCGUCAAGCCUUCUCCCAGCCCGGAAUUAUUUGUGGAGGAGGCAUUUGCUGAAGAAGACUUCAUGGAGGAGGCCAAAGAGUCCGUAGAGUCUGGGACAGGCGAGUCGGGAGAGUCGGACUCGACCCACGACUCUCCUGAGUCGGCCUCUGUGCCGAGGUCCUUGGACUCCGCGGAAGAGCUGGCCAAGUUGCGGCCUCGUGUAGAUCCCCGGCUCCUCCCGUCCCCAGGGACCGUCCUCUUCAGCACCGAGCGCAAGCCCUGGACUGACGUCAUUCCCUGCAACUACGAGAUGCUGCACACCUUCAAGGACCUGGUGUUGCUCAAGGCCUUCCUGCUGACAGGGACCACUGUGACCAUCGUGGAGGAGAAGAUCCUGUCCUGGCCAUUAGUGCCGCCUACUGUCGACAUCCCGUACCUGCCAAGAAAGGAAAAGGAGAAAGAGCAGAAGGGAAGGAGAAAGAGAAGGGGAAGUACAAGUCCAAGAAGGAGAGAGGAGCCUGUCAAGGAACGGAAGAUGCCCAAGAAGAAGAGAGAGCUUCCCAAGGAGCUCCGCCAGGACCCGCCCAUCCUGCAGGUGCUGGGCAGCGGCUCGGUGGUCCUGGAGCCUCUGCUCUCGGGGGAGCCCACGGUGACCAAAGUGUGCAACUUUGGGGUGAUCCGCACCGCGGACUCUGACAAGCUGACACUUGCCAGGGAUUUGAAGAAGCUUAAGAAAGGUGCCAGAAAAGAAAGGCCCCCGCCCCCGGCGUUCGACAGCGAGUACUGCCCGGAGCCGCUGACGGUGGAGGUGCAGGUGCAGCUGGUGCAGAGCCGCUCGGCCGGCGAGGCGCUGCGCGCGUCCGCCAUGUACCGGGCAGUAAAGGCGGCUCCGCGCACGCGCCUCGCUCUGUCCGCGCGCUGGGGGCGAGCGCGCGCGCGGGGGGGCAGGCGCGGGCGGGCCGGGAGCGCUUCGCGCGGGCCGCAAAGCCCGGGUCGGCGGCACGGCGGGGCGCGGGGCGCGUGA